AUGGAGGAGUAUUUCCGGAUAUCCGAUAGAACAAGGACUCUAGAGCAUCAAUAUACAGAUCUUCUUACCAGAAGACUGAGGUUUGAAACCUUGCUGGUUGAAGAGGACUACAGCAACCUUCUUGCAGCUCAUGAGGAGUUUAUUUCGAAGGCAAAGACCUCCGAAGACAACUAUAAGGAGCAAAUAGAUGGCCUAAAGGCUAUGGUCGACCAGCUCAACCAUGAUAUGGCAGAAAGAGAAGACAACAUAAGGAGACUUAUGGAAGAAAAUAUUAAUUUGGUAAGUAUGGUUCAAAGGCUUGAGGAAAAAAGCAAGGAAGAUCAAGGAGUAAGAAAGGGGCUAAACGAGCUAGUAGAAGACAGGUUGUGGGAAGCUCAAGACUUUAAAAAAAUGGAUGAGAUGCACAGAAUUGUUAAGUCCGUCGAGGACGAGCUACGAAGCAACCUAAGCAAACUUCAGGAAGAUUGUAUUCGAUACAGAGGGGAUACAGAAAGAAUGAGCUCUGAAAUAGAGAAGCUGAAGCUAAAGAAUGCCGAACACAUAGAAAAGAUGAAGGAGAUCAAGGAAAGCAGGUCCGUCCUUGAAGAUAAAAUGAAAAAACUAGAGGAAGAGAAUAACAGACUUAUGAGGGAGAACAUUCAUUCUGAUGAGCUUCGAAGAUUUAUAAGUGAGAAAGAUGAGAUUAUAUCUGCAUUAAAAGAAAACAUGAGGCAGAAGUCAGAGGUAAUUGAAAUGCAGAAGAAAAUGAUUGCGAGUUCUCCAAAAGAGAGCAGGGUUGUUUUGAGCAAUGACGUCUACAAUGUGUUUGAAGAGGACCUUAAGGCUGAGGAGAGUGACGGAGAGCUAGAACUAGGAGAUGGAUAUGGCACUAAGGAGCAGCUUUGGAAUGACAUCUCCUCUCAGCCCAAGCCUGUAGGAAAGAGUGCUAAAAGCUUGGGAUCUGGAAGAAAGAAGACGGCGGCCCCUAAAAGAGAAAAGACAAGAAAAGUUCCUCCAAAACUUACAGCAACCAUAGAUAGAAGUAAUGCCAGAGAAAAUGCAGACAAUAAGAUUUCUGGCAAAUUACUAGACAUCCAGGAAGCCCCAAAGGCUUCGGAGCCAUCCAAAAAACUAUUUACUCCGGGAUUUUUGCUUAAGCCUGAAAACUCCUCAUACUUUGCAGACUUAACAUUCAACAACUCAAGUCCAAUUAUAAAGAAGGACCAGCCUAAUCUUCCCAAGAAGAGGUAG